CUGACUUUUUAACACGGCGUAGAUCAGAUUGAUCAAUUUACAAACGUUUCUUUGUAGAUAUAUAUUGGAUUUCUUCAUAUAUGGGCUUAACACACACAUGUCAAACAUGGAUGCGUUCUUCACGUAAUUAAAGGAAGAGAUAUCGGAAGAUUUUAAGAAUUCUGAAGAUGGAGGGGGAUGUAGAAAAUACAACAGUCCUUAAUGGAAGUGAAAGAGGUGAACAGCCAGAAGGUAGAGAUAAAAACUUGAAUACAGAAAACAGCGAGAAUGAACAAAGAGACAGGAACUUUCAGAAUAAAAAUGAUGAAUGUCAACAAGAUUCCCAGGAGUUGAAAACAGACUCUGAGUCAUUGAGAAAAAUGAAAGAAGAAAUGGAGAAAAUGCGCCUCGAAGACCAACGUAAAGAAGAGAUUGCUGCAGCCAUAUACAAACGAGACUUCAAACGAGAACGAGCUAAAAUAGAGGAGGAGACAAAAGCUAGAGGAUACAUGUUUAAUCCCGACAUCCGGGACAUUAAAGGUGCUAUUGCAGAUAUUAUGAAUGAAGAGCGAACUUUCAUGUUACAAAGACAGAUCGAUGCUUUAGACAAAGAGGAGAAACAAAUGCAAGCGGAGAUAGAUAAAAAGUAUGGACUGCUUUUCUCCAAAGAGGGGAGGCAGAACUUGACUGACCUCGCCGAUAAGUUCUUCUCUUUACCCGGAAAUGCAGGUCUCCCGGAACACAUUACAAGAUCACUGACGUCAGAAGAAAUAGCAGAUCUCAAGAUCGUGUUCGAUAUGUUUGAUGUGAAAGGGAAAGGAUAUAUCAAUGCUACCGAUCUCAAGAAAGCGUUGGCUAUGCUUGGCUUUCGAGCAUCAAAACCAGUACUGGGCAACAUGAUAAGCGAAGUGGCCGGAGAGAACAAAGUCAGGGUGACAUUUACCAACUUUUUAGAUUUCGUUGUUAAAAGUCAAGGUGACGGGCCUGAUCCGUAUGGAGAUAUUAAACAGGCAUUUGAGCUGCUAGACACUAAAGGCACUGGUUUCCUGACUCUGGAGGAUUUGAGAGAGGCUUCCUCGGAGUGUAGCCUGAACUUUUCGAACACCGCCCUAAGGGAGAUGAUCCAGGAGGCAGAUAAACACGGGGAAGGUAAAAUCAGUCUGCAGGACUUCACCGACAUUAUGUUACAGACCAGCAGGUUCAAGUUCGCCUCCAUAUGAUGUCAAAAUUCACAGAAAAUGGAGAAGUAAAAUUAGUGAGCUGUCUUCACAAAAUUACAAGAGGAGGCUACAGAAAGUUAAAGCUGGAAUGAUAUUAAAGAAAAAAAAAACAUUGUAUAACUGAUAAUUUUAUUCACAGUUUAUAUGAAUGUCAAGAACACCGUAACGUUAUGU